AACAGGAAGAACAAAGCAGGGAAAGCAGGUGGAGAGCGACAAGGUACAGAAAGCCAGUUGCUUUGAACUAUGCUGACACCUUUCCCACAGUCGCCUACAGAUAAACCCAUCUGAGGAGCCAGUAAAAAAUAUCUUCUGUUUCUGGCUUCAACUUUUCAGCAGGACUUGAAGCUGACAAAUGUAGCUCUGACUUCAUGUGAUUUUUUUUAUGCUUUUAUGUUCUUUAUAUUAUUGCAAAUUUCAAAGAAGAAACAACCACCUUCACAAGAAACCAACAGCGAGGAGAUUGCAAAAAAAAAAACACAGGAAAGGGAAAAUGUCUUUAUAGAUUUUUACCUGAUGACUUUAACGUGGAAGGUCUUGUGGACUACUAUAAUGAAGAGGGCUUUUCAGAAUUCCCUUGCAUCCAUUGCAAUUACCAGGCUUUUGAAGGAUUUUUGGGCAGAUAAACUCUGAAUUCAUGUUUAUAUAUAAUUAGUUACCUAAUAGAAAAGACCCCUAAGUCCUUAAAAUGGCCAACUCUCAGGUAAAAUGCUUGGAAGAUGAUCUGGAAUUUAUAAACAUUUCUGAAGCAAGUCCUCAGUUUUACUAUUCAGAGACACAAAGAACUGCCUUAGAAGCCCUUUUAUCUUCUGGAGAAGCUGCUUUCAACAGUUACCUUAAAAAUGAAGGCGCUCGACAGUUUUUAUCAAGGGAAGAAAUUAUUUCUCUAGAAAGCACUGCAGUGGACUCUCAACUAGGAAAACUAGAAUAUGAGGAGGAUUCGGAGCUGGAUGAAGAUUUAACUGUAAGUUACUGGCCAGGAAAAUCAGAUGUACCAACACCUAUGCUGGAUCUUGGAUGGCCAGAGGGAGACACGUGGAAAGGAAUUACACGAGCAGACGUUUACACACAUCCUCCUACCAACAAUGCUCCUCACAUUAAAGUGGUGGUUCGAAGAACAAUCCAAAAUGCAACAAAGGUCAUUGCUGUUGUGAUGGACAUAUUCACAGAUCCAGAUAUUUUCUUGGACAUGUAUGAAGCUGCUACACGACGCAUGGUUCCUGUAUACAUAAUCCUAAGUUUAGGUCACCUGUCUUCAUUUAUUCAUAUGCUGGAAACAACUGGAAUCAAUGUUAGAUUCACAGAGAAUAUUCGUGUAAGGGUCAUUUCUGGAUGCACAUUUAGUAGUCGAAAAUUAAAGCAAGUAACAGGAGUGCUGAAAGAGAAAUUUCUGCUGGUGGAUUGCAAUACUGUAAUUACUGGAACAUAUAGUUUCACAUGGAGUGAUUCAAGACUAAACAGAAACUUGAUCACACUUUUAACUGGAGAAAUAACCGAUUCGUUUGAUAAUCAGUUUCGUACACUAUUUGCAGCUUCUGAACCACUUCAGAGAUAUGAUUUUGUCAAGGAUCCCAACAAAGAUUCUCAAAAUAGAGUUAUAAUACCCUCGCCUGCACCAGCACUGCCUAAAGAUACUGAAAACGUAAAUUCCACUGCGCAGGCUGUGCCAGUUGUGCCAGAACCCCACACAAAUGGAUUUUCCUCACCUCAGAGAUUUACCACCCAUGGAGCUUUGCAGCCAACAGAUGUCAUUUCAUCCCCUUACUUAAUCCCAAUGGGUGGACUGCAGUUGUCCAAAAGUAUUAAUAACAUAGCAGCGCGGCGGACAGUUGUACCAGCUAUAGUAAAGAAUAAUGGUAUGGAUGCUGGAUUUAACAGGACUUCAGGUGUACCUCAAGAUUCUUCAGCCGCAGCUAAAAGUGCAGUAAAUGUGCCUGAUUACUCCAUUCGCCACCGCCUUGCUGCCUGUCACAAUUUUGAAGGCCCUUCCAUGAACUUUCGUAAUGCUCAGGAGUCUCACAGUGCUUUGAGUGAUAUUUUAAAGAAUGUUCAGCGGAAUAGGUUAUCAGUGGCUAAGACAACAGGGGGAAGGCCGAGCAAGUCUCUUUGGGAUCUUAGUCAGCUGUCUCAAUUGUCAGGCUGCAGUGGAGAACCUGGUUUGAGGCAAAACCCCUUAGAACUUGGGGAGGACACAAAGAGCAAAUCAAGAUGGUCUAUAAAGGAUACCCCAGCAAUGCUACUGAUGCGACAAAGAGCUUUUCCCGAAGAGAACAGGCCUCGAGAGACCAACCUUGUGUCAUUUCAAUCACUAAAUAAUUUGACACCAGUAAGACUGCAAGGACAGUUAGUGCACGGUGUGUCUACAACCUCUUUGGCUAGACCAUGGACUAGUACCACAAGACAACUUGGAAGACCAACAUACUAUUGAUGAUCUGUUGUAAUUGAUGGCCUUAUUCUGUUCCAUUCCGGUUCUAAUGGUCCUCGGCUGAACUUGACAAUUUUUCUUUCUAUAUGCACUGCUUCAUUUACUGUCUUAUUAGCUUGAUUACUGACAGAGUAAACUAAGUAGUAAGAGAGCUAGUGUCAAUUUGGAGAGGAGAUUUAGUGGAGGGGCUAUCUUGUGUUCCUGUUAUAGUCUAUAAGCCUGAUGAAGAUUGAGGUUACUGUGUACCAUCAAAUGAAUUGAGCAGGAGAUAUCAUAGAAAAAGUGUGUGGGGGAAGGGGGGGAGGGUUAAUGAAGAAAAUACCUUAGUGGCUAUAAUGGUUUUUUGGAUGAUUCCACUUCACUGUUAGACCAAUAGUGACCAGAGAGACUGGGGCUGGAGCACGGCACUGGAGUGGCGAGCCAUCCAAAAGGUGAGUUCCUUUUUAUACAACUUCCUGCCCUAGGAAAAAUUUUUAAACAUUACAUAAAAUCCCUUAAAUGUAUUGUUAUAAUUCCAGUACCUUCUCAAGCUUUUGAUUUACUGAUAAAAACUAAAAACAGCUGAUAGGUUGGAAUGUCAGACUCCCACCAAUCUCAUACUGAUACAGAGAUGAGAGAAGUUUUGAAAGAUUUGCUGAAGUUUGACAAGAAAUUCUAUUAGUUAUUUAUUAAUUUAUCACGAAUCGCUAUGUUAAAACUCUAUUCAGCAUAUGAAUAAUUUGGACCAUUUUUAAUGACCGCUUAGACAGAAGUACAACCAUCUAACGUCCAUUAAAAACAGUAAUACGCUAGUGCAAUAUGAUUUUUUGAGUAAAGAAAAAAAAAAAUCACUCAGCUCAUCCACUAGCUUGCACAGAGGCAGUCCACUCCUCUCUUUAUUGAAAAAGGCCUGCCGAAGGACCUGCGCUGAGCGUGAUGACGUCAAUGUGCACUUCUAGCAUGAUUUCCCUUCAAAUGCUUUGCUUCGCUCGACACUACUGAUAUACUAUCCUGAGGAUAGCUAAUCAGUAGCUAGAUACUUGAAAAUCCUUAACAUACAGUUGUAAGAAAAAGUAUGUGAACCCUUUUGAAUUAUAUGGA